AUGAAAAUACCUGUCUCCUCGGAUUAUGAAGACUCUUGGUACUGGCAUGGGGACCGCAAUGGUUGUUACACUGUGAAGAAUGGCUACAAGCGCAUUAUUGGGAAUUAUGAGUCUAAUAGUAAUGGGGCUUUUGAUAAAUGGCUUACCUUGUGGCAGCUAAAAAUACCUCCAAAGUGGAAGACUUUUUUAUGGAGAGCUAUAAGUGAUAUCCUCUCCACUACUAAUAAUUUGAUUAUAAAGAGGGUGGAUGUUGAUCCAAUUUGUGCCAUGUGUGGAAUCAUUCAUGAAGACACUAUGCACCCAUUGGUUUUGUGUGGUUAUGCAACUACUAUUCUAUAUCAUAUCUGGAGGGCGUGGAACGGAGUGGUUUGGGAUGCGUGUCUACCAUUGCCCAGGAAAAUACUUGCCACGACGACAGCCACCUUGCACGCAUGGAGGAAAGUUCACGAUGUAAUGCCCAACACACCGCUGACCGCUGCCUCGGCCGAAGGACUGCCGGCUGCCUCCACGGCCGGACUGCCGCCUUUCGCCGCUCCAGAUCACGCAACCGCACUGUAUCAUCGAAGAUGCUACGUCGACGUCGAUUAUCGCUAUGCCACAAACUCGGCCACGGUUGGAGUAAUAUUGCUCGAUGCGAAUGGUGGAUAUAUCUCGGCAUACAGCGCCCCCCUUCCAAACUGUUUUUCACCACUUAUAGCCGAAGCAUUUGCGGCAAAGGAGGCACUAUCUUGGCUACAUGCUCGUGGAGAGCAGUCUGUUCGUCUAUACACAGACUGUCAUACACUGCAGUGCUAUCUAUCUUCGUCAGAUGACCCGCCCCGAACUUAUAUUGGUUAUGUUAUUGAUAGUUGCAAGACUUACAUCUCGACAUUUCAUGCCUACUCAGUUCUUUUUAUUCCUAGAUCGCAGAAUUAUUUAGCACAUAUUUUAGCUUCUACUGCUUUUGAACAGGCUACGACUAUGUAUUGGGACUCCGUCCUUCCUGACUCUAUUUCAGCUUAUAUCUAA